CCCUCGGGCCACCCUCUCUCGAGCUGGAGACUCCUAGCUCCCCUUCGGCUCACAGUCCGGUAACAGAGGGACACUGGAAUGGACACGGAAGGGAGUCAAAGCAGCCUGUCGUCGUCCUCCGCGCAGGACUCCCCGCACGACCCCUGCAAAAUGUUCAUCGGCGGCUUGAGUUGGCAGACGACACAAGAGGGGCUGAAUGAGUACUUCUGUAAAUUCGGAGAGGUGAAGGAGUGUAUGGUGAUGCGAGAUCCGGUUACAAAGCGAUCGAGGGGGUUUGGAUUUGUCACCUACAUGGAUCAGACUGGCGUGGAUAACGUUUUGGCCCAGAACAGACACGAGCUGGAUUCGAAAACAAUCGACCCAAAAGUUGCUUUCCCACGCAGAGCUCAACCCAAGUUGGUGACAAGAACAAAGAAGAUUUUUGUGGGAGGACUUUCAGUCAACACCACCAUUGAAGAUGUGAAGCAGUAUUUUGAUCAGUUUGGAAAAGUUGAUGACGCAAUGCUAAUGUUUGACAAAACCACCAACAGGCACAGAGGGUUUGGCUUUGUGACCUUUGAGAAUGAAGAUGUUGUUGAGAAGGUCUGUGAGAUUCACUUCCAUGAGAUUAACAACAAGAUGGUCGAGUGUAAAAAAGCACAGCCGAAGGAAGUGAUGUCACCCACAGGGACGGCACGCGGUCGCUCCAGGGUGAUGCCCUAUGGGAUGGAUGCCUUCAUGCUGGGAAUUGGGAUGCUGGGUAAGGCUGAUGUUCACCCUUCAAGUGGAUGUGGCCUGAUUCAGGGCUUUUUUCACGGUUACCCAGGGUUCCAGACGGCCACAUACACCAGCCGCGGAUACACCGGAUUAACUCCAGGAUACACUUAUCAGUUCCCAGAAUUCCAUUUAGAGCGAACGCCUCUGCUGACGUCCUCACAUCCACCUGAGAUCACAGCCAUUCCACUGACGGCAUACGGACCAAUGGCAGCGGCCGCAGCUGCAUCGCUGGUCAGAGGCUCCACCCCCUCACGUCCCACUGGCUUCCUGGGCACCAGCAGCCCCGGGCCAAUGGCAGAGCUGUAUGCAGCAGCCAAUCAGGAUUCAGGUGUCGGCAGCUAUAUCAGUGCAGCAAGCCCCGCCCCAACUUCAGGGUUUGGGCAUGGACUUGGGGGUCCAUUGAUUGCGACGGCCUUUACCAACGGCUACCAUUGAGUGCCCUUAACUCGGAUGUGUCGCCAUGACGACGUGAUGAUGAUGUAAUGUGCUCAUGAGCAUCUGCAGUCUCUCACAUUUCAUUUUCUCUACUAACAUCACCAUCGGUUUCCCUCACACUCGUGCACGUAUGCUGUUUCUUCAGUCAGGCGUUUCUGAUGUGCUCUUGUCUGGCUUUUGAAACAAAAGAUGAAGAAAAAUUGUCACAUUAAUACCGUUUCGAUUGUACACGGGGAAACAUGCAAGGGAUUUUAUACCCCCAGAGUUUUUAUUUGAUGAGUUUUCUCUUGUUUUUUCUGAAUGUGUUUUUAUGUUUUUACUGUACUAAUGCUGUAAUGUAUGGAGUGAGGGAGAGAGAGAGAGAGAGAGCGAGCAGAUCUCUUAAUGUUUAAGCAUUAAGUUUCCUAACUAAUCUAAAUAACCACGAACAAAUACUAAGGAAUCAAAUACACUAAACGACAGGACUGAAAUGUAUAUUUUGUUAGGUUUUUAAAUAACAACAUUGGUAAUAUUAUUAUAAACUGAAUGAGGUUUAUAUUUGUUUUGUUAAAGUGGUUUUUACAAUGAUCUUGAAUGAUGAAAUGAUCAGAAGUCAUUCAUAAAGUCAUUCAUAUGUAUACAGUUUUAUGUGUUAAUGACUUUCUGAAUGAUCUACAGUUGUGUUUCAUGAUUUCGGCUCACUGUUUGUCUGUAGAUACUGUACAUAUUGCAUGGAUUUUGGGAGGGGUCGUUGAACGUUGGGGGGGGAUUGAGGGGUCAUUUAUUGGUUUUUAUCAGACAAAAACUUUCUUCACAUUGAAUCGUCUUUUUCUGACACUAUUUUCACCAUUGGUCUGUUCCAAAACCUUGUGAGCUAAGCUUUAAACUCAAUGUAAUUUUGUAUUUUAAAGACUUCAUGAUAUCAUAAUUGACUUUUCAGAUUUUUUAAUGGAAUAUUGCAGUGUUUAUUAUAAAAAAUUGAUCUGUGUGGGUCAUAAUGUUUCCUAUUCAUGUGCCCUCAUAAAUUUUAAUCAAAAUCUGAAAGUUGACUUCCAUCCACUUGUGGCAAUCCUACUCUAAUGACAUCAGCUAGACAGCUUGGGCGGAGCUUCUGUUAACCCCGCCCCUGCCAACUGUUUGUGUUUACAGAAGUAAAAUUGGUGGCAAAUUCCUGUUCACGGGGACUUUAAAGUACCUACUUUCUGCAAAAUUCAAAAACAGAUACUUAAUGUUAACUUUCCAGAGAAGGUAAUCCCAUAAUGCACUGCGAUAAGGUAAAAUGGUAUAUUAUUUCAAAAUUAUUGCUAAUAAAAAGUUUGUCACAGUAAAAAAAGUGCGGUUUGUGUAAAAGAUUAGAAAUCAAUCAAGUUUAAUUUGGGUGUUAAACUAAUAGAUCACAAGGUUUUGGAACAAAGAGAUGAAUAACUCUUAUAAAUGAACUGUUUUGAGUUUUAAAUGUGUGCAUUAAAGUGUGUUUGUUACUUGAUGCAUGUGAUACAAAAUACAAUGUAUAGAAAGUAUUUUGUAGAAUUAAGAUGACAAGCAGUUCAUUUCUUUCUGGACUCAUGAGCUCACAAUCUUCCUACAUUUAUAAUCUGUACGCAGGAUUUGAUAUUUUCUUCUUUCAUUGUACAGAGUACUUUAGUUUUCAGGAUUUCAUAUGAAUGCCCGUGCUUGUGAAAACUGUGUUUUUAAUGUUUGCUAUCAUUUAUGAGGCGAUUACGCACAUCAGAGAAAAAUCUGCUUGUGUUAACCUAAAAGAACAAAGGAUUUCUCCCUUUUAUUUGGGAAAAAAACAGGCGACACUGAAAUUAAUUUGUGUAGCCUCAGUGGAGGUGACGGCUGCUAGGGAUCUCCUCAUGCUGUUUGGACAUAUAUAUUAUAUAUAUAAUGUGUUGCGUGAUGUACUGCUAUUGUAAAUUCUCUCUUUCCCUCGCUCUCAUUUUUAAUUUUUUUGAUGGUACAAUGCUGUUUAAAAAGAAAUGAAGGACAGAUUUACAAAGCAAUGUAGUCGGAGCGCUGUUACAUCUCAUUUCUGGUCCUGUUUUUGUCUUUUCUGGUGUUUUUUGUGUACAUGCGUGCUCGUGUUAGGAGGCGAGUGCGUUUUGUAAUGUACACGUGUCAGUGUGCAUCCAUAUUUUGAGAGUUUUUCAUGUUUGUACAGAUGUGUAGACUGAAGUAUGGAUGUACAGAUGAUAAGUUUACAUGCAUUUAACUGCCACCUGUUAAACUGUCUCAUCUUUGUCAUUGAUGGAGAUAUUACUGCUCUAAUAGAGGCCUUCAGAUAACAUCCAUGAGUUCAUUUCACUCUCAUGACACUCAAAACGUUUAAGAGCAAAGUUUUGCAUUUGCUAAUUUGGUGUGAUUUGUAUGUUUCUAUAGAUUUGAAUGUGCAGUCUUCCAUUAGACACGUGUAGCCUCUUUUUAAAGCGGUGGUCACCUCGAAAAAACCAAACCUCUCCGACCGACAGGGACAUCUCACGAAACUACUGCGCGGCACACACUGUAACUAUUUAAACAACGAAAGCAAUAAGUUAUUUUAUAAACUCGAGUAAUAACCAAUGCUGUUCACGGUGGUACUAAUAUGAUGGCGAUUGUGGCAUUAAUAAUUAUUUUUCAGAAAAGAAGCUAUAUUUUUCAAGACCCGUUUUAAGCCCUUGAGAGUUUGUCAGAUUUUUACAGUGAAUCAUGUUAUGAUGUCUGUUUGGAUGUUUUGUAAAAGGGGCGGGGAUUUGGGAUCAGUAACAGAACUGGAAAGCAUCAGUGGGCGGCGCUUUGGAGAAAUGCGUCAACACUGUGACCUGAUGCUCAAACUCACUGAUCCGCUCUUCCCUUUACUGUAUUUUUUUAUUUUACACCUCUGGAAAUUUUCAAAUUAAAAGAUCCUAAUAAAUUAUUUUAAAACAUUCCAGUC